AUGCUGCGUGAAUUGCAACAACUCUCUCACCUGCGGCUCAGUGGCAACAUAGGGAACGUCGGAAGUGGCCAGUUGUCACUGCCUUGGUAUGAUGAAGCUCUAACAAAUUUGGAGGCUUGCUGUUGCCUCUGGCCUCUGGAUCGUCUCACCAGCUUGACUGAACCUCUCAUUUCUGAAAGGAAGCCUGUUGAGUUGCGAGACAAUGACAACUCUGUGCCGACUUAUGAACACAAUGGCCGACGAAGUGGUAAAUUGCUGAGCAUACAUUUGCUGUGUGAAUCGACGGCAGUUGAGUUGGCCAAGACACCAGCCUUCACUCCCGAAGGCCGCUCAUGCACGACAGCGGCUGAGCUGACUGAAGUUCCAUCUUGUUUGAUUCCCGGACAGGUGAAAUCCAGCUACAGAGAAUCGAUACUGCGUGAAAAUGAGGCUGAGGAGGGGAUGGAGGCAUCAGAAGGGCUAAAUGAAGAGGCCGGGACCGGUGAAGUUGUCAUCAGUCUUAUAUGUGGACCAUUUGGUAGUCACAAGGCGAGCAACAGAGAGGUCGUGGCCCGGAACCUAAUCAGCCUCUGUAAGGAGCAGGGCACCUGGCUGUAUGCAACCCCAGCAAAUCGUAACGAUCUGCUGGCUCAAUUGACUGAGCUGCGCCACCUCGACGUUUCAGAUGGUGAGAUUAGAGAGCAAGCUUUUCCAUUUCAUGACUGUCUUCAGAUACAACACUGCGGCGAUUUUGAUACAGCGGUCGUGGCGAAAGGAGCACGAAUCCGAGUUGCGCUUGUCAGUCCCAACAUGAUGAGUGCCCGAGAAGUGCAAGAGGUGCUGGUUAAGGCGCAACAUGAGACAAAGGAGGGUUGUCCACUGAAGAUAGGUAAGUCCAACAUUUAG